AUGUAUGCCAUCCCCACGACCCAUGUUCAGCCAACCUCAUCCCAUUACGGGGGCAUGGCGUGGUGGGCUGCAGCCUGCCGGGUUCCGCAGCAGUAUCAACAACAGCUGUUUCAGCCCGCGCUCCAGAUCCCUCCACGUGGCACUCACUCCGCGGAUUACGGCGCGUUCAACGGAGAUGCAUCCAGCGGACACUACAGCUCGUGCAAUGGGGCAUUGGCGAACGAUCCAUCGGCGAACAUCUUCGAAAAGCCCGCCAUCGAUUACCCUCUUUCGCCAUCCUGGGGCUUCGACGCUUUGCAAUCGCCCAACAACACGACCAAUAACGACUCUCCGCUGUACCCCGAUCUGGAAUCGCCUCAGACGCAACGGAUUCAACCGAAUCAACAGCUCUCUGCCACGUCGACUGUCAAUCAGCAAGAUUACACCCCGCAACACAUGGUGAUUCAACCGAUUCAGCAGAUUCAACCGGGUCAACCAAGUCAAGCAGGUCAACCAGCUCCGCUUCAGAUGCGCCAGGCUCACGAGCACUCCGCUCCGUACGAGGAACCUUCCAGGCGCGUGCGUUCUUGUAACGGGAUCGGCGGUCAUAGCGGCGUGACUUGCGGCAGCGGAGGUGGAUACGGGUUGCAAAGCUCGACCAACCAGGGAUACUGGGAGCAGCAGCAACCCCAGCCGCAACAAGUGCAAUCUCAGCAGCAGCAGCCGCAGCAGCAGCAACAGCAGCAGCAACAGCAGCAGCAGGAGUACUCGCCGCAACUUCCCGGUCAACAGCAGUCAAUGGGGUCUUCGUCUUCAGCCGUCACGUACUCGACUGGUUACUCAACUGGUUUCUCGUCUGGUUACUCAAUGGGUGGUAACUCGUCCGCUGGUUUCUCGACUGGUUACUCGUCCGGUUCUGCUCCCGCAUCAACGUCUCCCCAGCCUAUAGCGAGUACCACACCCUUCGAUACAAACACAGGCAAUGCUUAUCAAAAUCACCAUGCGUGUGCCACGUCGGCACCAUUUUCUUCCCAUUCCACGUCAGCGUUCCAUUCGUCAUCUGCCGCUAUGCCUCACAGCUGCGACGCCGCGGCUGCUGUUACGACUACGCCGUCGUUUCAUCCGCAACAACCGCCGCAAUACGCGCCAUGGCAACAGCAGUCACAGCCAUGGCAGCAGCAGCAGCAGCAGCAGCAGCAGCAGCAGCUCUCUCAACCGCCGCCACCACCGCCGCAACAGCAUCAGCAUCAGCAUCAGCAUCAUCAUCAUCAGCAACAGCCGCCGCCACAGCAGAAACUUCUGUCACUGCCUCAAAUGAAUAGCACCUGGCCGAAUACGCCCUCCCCCUGCACCACCUCGUGGCAGGUCGCGUCCAGCACGGCUCAGACGAACAUCAACACGUGGCACGGCUCGGCGGGAGCGCCGCCCGCGGGGACGCCGCCAGUGCGGACGCCUCCUCAGGGGGCGCAAAUAAACUGUAGCGCUGGUGCCCCGCCAUUCAGCAGCGGAGGAUACAGCGGCGGCAUUUCCCCCUCGCGUAGCGGCGGUGGCUCUCCCCCGGCUGGCGGAAACCUUUCCCCCCCGCCAGUCGGCGGAGACUAUCCCCCCCCGGCGGGCCACCAAUCCGCCUGGAACGCUAUGAGUUUCCCGCCAGCCGCGAAUGACUAUGGGGCGCAAAGGACGACCACCCCCGCGGGUUCUCCCACUCCCCCGUUUGCGCCUGCGUCAACUGCGGCGCCCUGCUCCGCGCCAGCAGUUGCCGCCACCGCCUCGCUGCGGCGCAAGUGUACGCGCGAGUGCCUGCUGCUGCCGUACUUCCCGCGCAACCAGCCGGAGAAGUUUCACGUCGUGCAUAAGGUGUUCGGCGCGAGCAACGUAUCCAAAAUGUUACAGGAUAUCCCGGUGGCUCAGAGAGAGGAUGCAGUGGCGAGCUUGGAGUACGAGGCGCAGGCGCGACUCAGAGACCCUGUGUAUGGCUGCGUGGGAGUCAUCUGCUUGCUGCAGAAAGAGAUGGUGGCCCUGCAAGAGCAGCUGAGGGACAUUGAGGCUUCUGCACUCUCGUCUUCCCCCGAAGCAACGCACGGUUCAACAAUAUCUGGUGACGGGGCCAUGUAUAGAGAGACGGGGCCAUGUAUGGAUGAGGCUCUGCUGGAGCAGCAGUGCCAGGCGGGGGAGUAG